AUGGGGAUGGGAGGGACGUGAACGUCACACGACUUGCAAUUUACACAUUAACCGCUAGAUGGUAGCAUCGUAUCCUAAAUAAAACCCAAAUCUACAAGCAAACCAGGAAAUAAUGAUUUAAAUGUACAAUGUUUGGUACUAGAAACAGAGGACGUCAAGCCUGAUACAAACUGUUUAGCCUCGUAACGUCCUCUAAAAAAGAUUAACGUUUGGCUGCUUGUAGCGUUUAAGUCUGCGCAGACCACUACACUUUGUGUCUGUCCUGGACAUUUGUAUCGAUAAAGUUUGAAUUUGAACCGCAUACCACUGCUAACAUGAUGGCGGCUGAUCAAACUGUUCACGGAGUUCCUCCUUCCCUGUCUGCUAAAGUGGUUGGGUCAUUUGCCUAUUUGACUGUGAGAGACAGAUUGCCAACCAUCCUGACUAAAGUUAUUGACACAAUACAUCGCAACAAAAAUAAGUUUUUCGAAGAAUAUGGAGAGGAGGGUAUCCAGGCAGAGAAGCAAACAAUAGGUCUGCUGUCUAAGAUGAGGAAUGAGCUGCAAACUGAUAAGCCAGUAAUACCACUGACCGACAGCUUGCAAGACGCGGAGUGUUGGAACCAGUAUCUGCAGAAACAUCAGGAACUGCACGGAGACCAGGAGUCUGUCAGCUGGUUCAAGUCCCCAUGGCUGUAUGUGGAGUGCUACAUGUACCGCAGGAUACACGAGGCCCUCUGGCUGAAUCCUCCCAUCAGUGACUAUGACGUCUUCAAUGAAGGAAAGACUCAGAGCUUUUUUGAGUCUCAGCAGGCAGUGAUGACCAUAUGUACACACUUGGAGGGCGUCAACAGCAACAUUGAGAAUCUCUCCAAGAAUCAGCUGUUUGAGCAUUUCGACAAACUGCUACAGGUUUCCUUAUGGGGGAACAAGUGUGAUCUCUCUAUCUCUGCUGGCCAAGACAACUCCCAGAAGACCAGUCCAAUAGAUUCCCUCGUCAGCCUACAACCCUUGAUCUUGGUGAAUGACUCCAACAGGGUAUGGUCAACUCUUAUUUCUGCCCAGACGCACGCACGGUCAGAGAAAACCACAGUCAGAGUGGACAUUGUUCUAGACAACGCUGGCUUCGAGCUAGUCACUGACUUGGUCUUAGCCGAUUUCCUAGUUUCCUCUGGCCUUGCCCAUGAGGUCCAUUUCCACGGCAAAUCCAUUCCUUGGUUCGUCUCUGAUGUCACAGCUCACGAUUUUCAGUGGACCAUCCAGCAGACCAUGGCGGCCAAUCACAAGUGCAUGUCAAAGAUUGGAUACCAGUGGAAGAGCCACCUGAAGGACGGCGUGUGGUCCUAUCACGAUCAUCCCUUCUGGACACAGCCCCAUGAGUUCUGUGACAUGGCCGCUGAUGCACCCGACCUGUAUGCUAACCUGCAGGGGGCAGACCUGGUGUUGUUUAAAGGGGAUCUCAACUACAGGAAGCUGGUGGGGGACAGAGACUGGGAUCACACAGUGGGCUUUGGUACUGCAUUACAAGGUUUUGGGCCUGCACCGCUGUGUAGCCUGAGGACUCUCAAGGCCAACGUACAGGUCGGUCUGCAGCCUGGCCAAGCGGAGAAGCUCACCUCCCUUGAACCAGACUGGAUGACCUGCGGCAAAUACGCUGUCAUUCAGUUCUACAGCUCAAAGGCGGAACAGAAAGACUGAGCUCAGGAUCUCCCUGCGCACACGUGGAUUCAUAAGAACAUUACAGUAAGAAGUACCUUAAGGAGUUACCUUCAAGCCAUAAGACCAUUGAGAAAUUGAGGUUGUAAAAGGGUGUUUUGUUUUUCUUUUCGAAAGCUAAUACUUCAUCGUGUUAGAUGCGCACAUGCACAGUAACAGAAAUCUCCUGAGUUUUUAUUUUCAUAACAUAUUUGUACCAUGUCAUACUUGCAAUGUUAGCACUUAAGUCAUGAUGUUUACAGGUUAAUGUAGAUGCUAUUAACAAUUAAUUAUAACAUUUUAAAUUGAUUGAUAAUACAUCUCCUUUCAGUGAUGAUUAAAGUCAUAUUUAGUUUGAUUUGAAUUCAGCUAGGUUGUUUAUCUGUUGCACUCUCGUUGAUUUGCAUGCAUAAAAACAUGCAGCCAUUUUAUAUUCACCUAAACCAGGUUCUCACAUAACUUUAUGACUCAUUUAAUUAUAAAGAUGUUAGUGUUAUUUGGGCAGAAUAACAAUAACAGUAAGCAUGUGUACUUGUUUAGUUUAAAAUGGCAACCAAGAUUUCUGUAUAAAAUUGAUGUCUCUGUGCACACUGUUAUGUCAUCAAAUGAUCUUUGUCGGGGUGUAAGUACCUCAGAGGUCAUGUUACCUGGAUUCUUCUCAAUACUGCUGGGGUAAAUGAUCAGUUUCUCUAAUGGAUUUGAUUUAAUAAAGGUAAUUGACUGACUGA